AUGGCCCUGCUGCUGGACAGCUCCCACGGCACGGGGGCCUACUUCUGCCUAAUGAGGACUCGCUUCAAGAGGAGACGCAAGAAACGGUCGGAACGCAAAGGGCGGGCUGGAGCUCGGGAGCUUCGAGUCCAGCAGCAGAAACUCUUCACCAUGGAUGUGGAUGAGGAGGAGAACAUGAGUUCGUGCAGCACCGACGUCAAGGAAAACCGCAACCUGGACAACGUCUCCUCCAAGGAGGCGGGGGGCACGGCAGAGCAGCUACCCAACGGCAGCGGGGCGGGGGGGCGCAAGCGUCCCCUGGAGGAAGGCAAUAACGGUCAUGCGCACUCCAAAUUCAGGCCCAAGAAGCGUAAGAAAACGCCGGGUCCGGUCCUGCCCAAGAACGCGCUCAUGCAGCUGAACGAGAUCAAGCCGGGCCUUCAGUACAAGCUGCUGUCCCAGACCGGCCCGGUCCACGCCCCCGUCUUCGUCAUGACCGUGGAGGUCAACGGGCAGCUCUUCGAGGGGUCGGGCCCCACCAAGAAAAAGGCCAAGCUCAACGCGGCGGAGAAAGCCCUCCGUUCCUUCGUUCAGUUCCCCAACGCCUCCGAGGCCCACCUGGCCAUGGGCCGCACGCUCACCGUCAACACCGACUUCACGUCCGACCAGGCCGACUUCCCCGACAUGCUCUUCAACGGCUUCGAGACGCCGGCGCCGCCCGAAGACUCCUUUUACCUCGGCUCCAACAGCAACGGCUCCCUAAACCCGCUGGGAGAGUACCCCAUAACGCCCGCCCCGGGGAACAACAGCCUGAUUCAGGCUCCGCUGGCCCCGCCCGCCACCUUCAACUCCUCCGCCAGCGGGAAGAACCCGGUCAUGAUCCUGAACGAGCUUCGGCCGGGCCUGAAGUACGAGUUCGUGUCCGAGAGCGGAGAGAGCCACGCCAAGAACUUUGUCAUGUCCGUGACGGUGGACGCGCAGACGUUCGAGGGGUCGGGGCGGAAUAAGAAGCUGGCCAAGGCGCGGGCCGCGCAGGCGGCUCUGUCUGCGCUCUUCAACAUGCAGCUGGAUCAGACGCCGUCACGGCAACCCAUCCCCAGAGAGGGUCUCCAACUGCACCUCCCGCAGGUUCUCGCGGACGCUGUCUCCCGUCUGGUGGUGGAUAAGUUCAGUGAGCUAACGGACAACUUCACGUCACCUCACGCCCGGAGGAAAGUGCUCGCUGGGGUCGUCAUGACAACGGGCACCGACGUCAAAGAGGCGCAGGUCAUCUGCGUCUCCACGGGAACCAAGUGCAUAAACGGGGAGUACAUGAGCGACCGCGGCCUGGCGCUUAACGACUGCCACGCCGAGAUCAUCGCCCGACGCUCGCUCAUCAGAUACCUGUACCUGCAGCUGGAGUACUUCCUCAGCAACAACAAAGAGGAGCAUCAGAGGUCCAUUUUUACACGGUGUGAGAAACACGGUUACCGGCUCAAAGACAACGUUCAGUUUCACCUGUACAUCAGCACCUCGCCCUGCGGAGACGCCCGCAUCUUCUCUCCGCACGAGGCCGGCGUGGAGGAUCAGGGAGACAGGCAUCCGAACAGGAAGGCCAGGGGCCAGCUGCGUACCAAGAUCGAGUCAGGCGAGGGCACCAUCCCAGUUCGCUCCAGUAACACCAUUCAGACGUGGGACGGAGUCCUACAGGGGGAGAGACUCCUCACCAUGUCCUGCAGCGACAAGAUCGCCAGGUGGAAUGUGGUGGGGAUUCAGGGUUCUCUGAUGAGUUACUUCACAGAGCCCAUCUACUUCUCCAGCAUCAUCCUGGGUAGUCUGUACCACGCGGACCACCUGUCCCGGGCCAUGUACCAGCGCAUCGCAGACAUCCAGGACCUGCCUCAGCCUUUCACCCUCAACCGGCCCCUGCUCAGCGGCAUCAGCAACGCGGAGGCACGGCAACCAGGGAAAGCUCCGAACUUCAGCGUGAACUGGACCGUCGGCGACCAGUCCCUGGAAGUCAUUAACGCCACCACAGGCAAAGACGACAUGGGCCGACCGUCACGCCUGUGCAAGCAUGCGCUCUACAGCCGCUGGGUCCGUCUGCACUUAAAGCUGUCCUCCACUCUGCGGAUCAAAGUAGCAAAGCCCAGUUCGUACCACGAAGCCAAACAGGCGGCAGUGGAGUACCACUCUGCCAAGCAGACACUCAUCAAGGCUUUCCACAAAGCAGGCCUGGGCGCAUGGGUGAAGAAACCGAUAGAGCAGGACCAGUUCUCUCUCAGCUCCUGAGGACGGGAAGCAGGAGCGAGAGAGAGACGAGACGAACGCAACCAGCUGACGAUGCUUAACUUGACUGACACGAGUGUGUGUCUCUGUGUGUCUUCAGAUGUGUGU